AUGUGUAUCAAAGCCAAUGAUCAAGGGCGUAUUGCGGGGUCAUACGUCAACGGACUUGCUCCGAACCUCUGCCCUGCCCAUUUGAUCCUCAUCUUGUCUUCCUCCGGCGUAUACAUUAUGUCUGGCAUCCCCAAUCUCCCAGAGACAUACGAUGAUCUCCCCGACAAGCGUCGCUUCUGGCCCGGAGCCCCAGGGUCAGAGGAAGAAGGUCUAGGAAUGCUCCGACUCCUCACUCCAGAGAUAGUCGCCCAAGCUGCGCAAACUCAAAUCAAGACCGGCGAGCGCGUAUGCCUAAACUGGAAUAUGGACAACCUGAAUCCACCAGGAUUCGGCCGCAAGGCAUUCGAACACCGCGUCCAAUGGGUCGCCGAAGGCAUCGCCUUCGACGACGAAUAUCACUUCAACCCACAGCAAUCCUCGCAGUGGGACGGACUGCGACACCACAACGCACCAGCGCCAACCCCGGAAAACAAAGACCGCCGCGUAUUCUAUGGCGGCACAACUGCCGCCGAAAUCCAGGACGAGAAAUCCUCGCGUAUUGGAAUUGGACACUGGGCGAAGCAAGGCAUAGCCGGUCGCGGCGUGUUAAUCGACUACGUCUCCUACGCGAAGAAGAACGGCAUCAGCAUCAAUGCGCUGACGCGCCAGAUGAUCUCGCUGGACGAGGUGCUCGCCAUUGCGCGCGAGAGCAACAUCGAGUUCCAGAAAGGGGAUAUCUUCUUUCUGCGGGUUGGGCUGCCGGGGACGUGGGAGGGGAUGUCGGGUGAAGAGCGGCUGGCGUAUUCUCAGCAGAGAACGCCGCAGCAUGCGGGCAUUGAGCAGAGUGAGCGGGUUCUCAGGUUCAUCUGGGAUAAUCACUUUGCUGCGGUUGCUUCUGAUGCGGUGAGCUUUGAGGUUUAUCCUGCUCUGAACCCCGACUUUGAUUUGCAUCAUUAUCUAUUGGCUGGCUGGGGGGUUCCCAUUGGAGAGAUGUUUGAUCUGGAGGACUUGGCUGCUACUUGUGAGCGUUUGGGGCGUUGGAGUUUCUUUAUUUCCAGUAGUCCUUUGAACUGCUCCAGGGGUGUUUCGAGCCCGCCUAAUUGUAUGGCUAUUUUCUAG